AUGACUUCGUUGUUCUCCAUAUUAUGUGCUGCUGCUUUGAUUGCACCUUCCUGCGCCCAGAGCCAAUAUGUAGAGCCUUCGGUCCCUACAGGAACUCCAAUUCCGGGAAACUAUAGCGGUGCUCUCCGCCCACAGGUCCAUUUCUCUCCUCCCAAGGACUUUAUGAAUGAUCCCAAUGGCAUGUUUGUCGAUGCAAACGGCACGUAUCACUUGUACUACCAAUACAAUCCGACGGGUGUCGUGGCAGGAAACCAGCAUUGGGGCCAUGCGACCUCCAAAGAUCUGUACCACUGGAUAAAUCAACAAAUCGCAAUUUUCCCUCCUGACGCACACUCCAACAUCUUCUCCGGGUCGGCGGUCGUGGACGUGAACAAUACGUCGGGAUUCUUUCCACACCAAGACAAUGGCGUGGUAGCCGUGUACACCAUCAACACGCCCACGUCACAGACGCAGGCGCUCUCGUUUUCCUUCGAUGGCGGGUACACCUUCGAGCUCUACUCUGGCAACCCGGUCCUGAGCGACAACUCCAGCCAGUUCCGUGACCCCAAGGUCAUCUGGCACGCGCCCACCCAGCGGUGGGUGAUGGUGGUCGCCUAUGCGCAGGACCUGACCGUCGGCUUCUUCACGUCCUCCAACCUCACGCACUGGGAACACGUCUCCAACUUCUCCCACCAUGGCCUGCUAGGCGACCAAUAUGAAUGUCCCAACCUGGUGCAGAUCCCCAUGCAAGGCCAACAGGAACCAAUGUACUUGCUAGCCGUCAGCAUCAACCCCGGCGCGCCCCUCGGCGGCUCGAUAACCCAAUACUUCCCGGGCUCGUUCAACGGCACUGUUUUCACGCCCGUCGACGGUGCGGCGAGGAUUGGCGAUUUCGGCAAAGACAACUAUGCUGGCCAGUUCUUCUCCGGCAUCCCCAGUGACCAGGACCAAAUAUCCAUCGCCUGGACCAGCAACUGGCAGUACUCGCAAGUAGUCCCUACGGGAGCCUCGGAGGGCUGGCGUUCCUCCAUGUCGCUUCCGCGCGUCAACUACCUGAAGAACAUCAGCCGGGUUGGAUAUGAUUUGGUGUCUGCGCCGUACAAUUUGUCUCCUGUGAUCAACACCACAGCCCUGGUCCGCAAGACCAUGGGCAACAGCAGUGUCAGCCUUGACUACUCCUCCGUAGCUUCGGGCUCGCUGUACUUCCAAAUCAACAUCACCAACAUCCCCCCCACCACCGCCUCUAUCACGGGCACCACCAACUUCACAUUCUCAUCCUCCCAAUCCGGCGAGUCGCUCAAGGCAGGCUACUUCCUCACGCCCGACAGCGCCUUCUUCAUCGACCGCGGCAACAUUCGCGGAUUCGACAACCCUUUCUUCACCGACAAGUUCUCGACCAGCUGUCCCUACAAUUCUUCCGCGUCGUCUCUGACUUGGAGCGUCGAGGGCGUCAUCGACCGGAGCAUCCUCGAGGUCUUUAUCAACGGCGGCGAGUCCUCCGCCACUGUGACCUUUUUCUCGGAGCAGGAGCUCGAUACCCUGCAGAUCAGCGCGGGCGAUCUUAACGCCGGCGUCGAGGUGAGUGUGCUGGUGUAUGGAUUGAACAGCGCGUGGGCGAGGUUCGAGGAUGCACAAGGGACGGUUGUGGGGAAUCUCACCAGUCAGACGAAAGCUUAG